UUUCACGGCUCGUGCAGCAGAGGCGACAACCGCGGCAGCGACCCGAGGCACGCCGGCCAUGGCGGUGCGGCAGUCCCGUUCGUCGGAGCAGCGUGCCUCGCUCAAGGCCGUGCGCUCCUCCGCCGAACGGCGCUCGCAGUGUUGAGCUCAUGGCGAGACCGGGAGGACGGUAGUCCUAGCUACGCGUGAGGCAUCUCGCCGGCGGCUGCCGGCGCAAACUUUUGGCGGCGACAACGACGUACGGGGUGCGGAACCCACUGCACGCGCGCGUCCAUUAGCACCUCAGCGGCGGCUGAGUCUUUCCGCACGUCAUCCCGAGAGACGGCGGCGUCGCCGGCUCAGGGAUCCCGAAGGAGCAUAGGCGCGGCGUCAUGAGGCCAGAAGUCGAUGGGAGGUCGACACAGCGGGGACCCACACCAGGCCUCCACUUGGCCGGACCACCGUGGCGUACUGCAGCUACUCUAUUACUCCUCCAAAUUCGCGGCCCGGCCUCCCCCGCACCGUCGCGGCUUCACCGCCGGCCGGACCCGAUAUUCUGAUGCGAGUUCGCAGGCUUGCCCUGUUCUUUCUUGGGCUGUCCUCUCCAUAAUAAGCUGAUUAAGGAAGCCUGGUCCAUGAAGUGGGAUUUCUGUGUGGAUCUAUCCUUGCUCGAAUGGCGAGGUCAGUGUAAGGAGGAGGAGGGGGUUUGUGGCCCUCGUCUAUGCGCCGUGCAGUGCUGGGGUGUCUGCGUCGAGCCCUUUUGAACAGACAUCGGCCCCUGCUGGAUCCACGCCUCUCCUCUCUGGCCUGUUGCGCGAAGAGCUUGGACGACGAGGAGGAGCCCAGUCAGCGCUCCGUUGGCGACGAGGAUAGACGCGAGCGUUUUCAUCCCGUGAUCGCACGAGCAGUCCGGACGUCGAGCUGGGGUGAUGCCAGGAAGAUCAGCUUCAGGGAGUGUGUCAGGCUGUAUGGGCUACCCCGGUCGAUCAGGCUGUUUGCGUUGCUUAUGCGGUCGUUCUUGCCACGGAGGAUUAGAGAGGUCCGGUGCCUGAUUCAGAGCGUCGUCGACCACUGCGGGAAUGCCGGGCCGGAGUUGUUUCAGUUGGCGCCUAUGUUGGCUAGCAAUUUGGGUGGCUCGAUGACGUUGCCACAGGUUUAUGCCACAGUCAUCCGGGUCUUUGUGGAGCUGUCGAUGUUUGAGGAUGCUCUUGUCACUUACGUCGAGGCCAAGAAGGUUGGAGUUGAGCUGCAGGUGUGCAACUUCUUGCUGAAGGGUUUGGUUGAGGGGAACCAGAUCAUGUAUGUGAGGAGUUUGUUUGAUGAUAUGAAGAUCUCUGGUCCUUCACCAAAUAUCUACUCUUAUUCAGUUUUAAUGAGUAUGUAUACACAUGGAGCCAAGUUAUGCCUGGAGGAAGCUCAAGAGCUACUUUCUGAAAUGGAAGUGGAAGGUGUCAGGCCAAAUGCUGCAACCUACGGUACUUACCUCUAUGGGCUUUGCCGUGCCAAACAGGUGAAAUCUGCAUGGAACUUCCUUCAAAUGCUGUGUCAGAGAGGCUACCCUUGCAACAGCUAUUGUUUCAAUGCAGUUAUUCAUGGUUUCUGCCAUGACGGUCAGGUUCACAAGGCCGUAGAAGUGUUUGAUGGGAUGAAGAAGUGUGGGUUUGUCCCAGAUGUUCACAGCUACAGCAUAUUAGUUGAUGGCUUAUGCAAACAAGGGGAUGUUUUGACAGGCUAUUACAUGCUCGUUGAGAUGGCAAGGAAUGGGAUCACUCCUAAUCUGGUGAGUUAUAGUUCGCUUUUGCAUGGUCUUUGCAGAGCUGGAAGGGUUGAAUUGGCGUUUGAGCUUUUUAAGAGGCUGAAAGAUCAAGGGUUCAAGCAUGACCACAUAGUUUACAGCAUCGUUCUUCAUGGUUGUUGUCAACAUCUAGAUCUAGAGAUUUGCUAUGACCUUUGGAAUGACAUGGUUCAUCAUAAUUUCGUUCCAGAUGCUUACAAUUACAGCAGUCUGAUAUAUGCAUACUGCAGGCAUAGGCAACUGAAAGAAGCAUUGGAGGUGUUUGAGCUCAUGAUCUGUGAUGGAAUAUGCCCCAACGUUGUGACCUGCACAAUUCUUGUUCACGGCUUCAGCAACGAAGGGCUGAUUGGUGAGGCCUUCCUGUUCCUGGAUAAAGUACGCCAGUUUGGGGUUGUCCCCAACCUCUGUACAUACAGGGUUAUCAUCAACGGCCUGUGCAAGGUCAAUAAACCUAAUGACGUGUGGGGUAUUUUCGCAGACAUGAUAAAAAGGGGCUAUGUUCCUGAUACUGUGCUUUACAGUAUUAUUAUCGAUGGUUUUGUGAAAGCUUUGGAUCUGCAGGAGGCUUUCAGGUUGUAUUAUAAAAUGGUCGAUGAGGGGACAAAGCCUAACAUCUUUACAUAUACUAGCCUCAUAAAUGGUUUGUGCCAUGAUGAUAAACUUCCUGAAGUUAUGACGCUGUUUAAGCAUAUGAUUGGGGAGGGGCUGACACCGGACAGGAUCCUGUACACGUCUCUGAUUGCGUGCUAUUGCAAGCGCUCAAACAUGAAGGCCGCCCUGGAGAUCUUUAGAGAGAUGGAAACAGAGGGUUUGUCAGCAGAUUCUUUCGUCUACACCUGUUUAAUUGGUGGCUUCAGUAAGGUGCUUGCGAUGGAUGGUGCACAGUUGUUUAUGGAAGAAAUGAUGAACAAGGGGCUUACACCUACUGUAGUAACUUACACAGAUCUCAUAAUUGGAUACUUCAAAAUUGGAGAUGAGAAAAAAGCUAUGGUGAUGUACAACAGCAUGCUGCAGGCAGGCAUUGCACCGGAUGCCAAGCUGAGCUGCAUAUUGGGCCUUGGUAACGAUGGGGAUGAUUUUGCUGAUUCUCAGGAAGAAAAGGAUGUAUCGUAGUCAUAGGUUAUCACAGAGCUACGGUAACUUGCUCAACAGAAUUGUUAUUCCAUAAGGUGAUGAGCUCAUGGUAUUGUUGCAUCAAGUAUUAGUUCCAUCUGUUCGCUUUGCUUCCGCCACUACCAUCGUUUGAACAAGGGAGGGAAAGAAAUAUGCCAAACUUUCAACUUUGAUGAUGUUACAGGCAACAAGUUUAUGAUUGAUUUUGACAAUUUUCUGUUCAAGGCUCGGUGUUUUGCUGGAAAAACCAAAGCUAAUUUUUGUACUGUUGGAAGAUACUCCUCAAGUUAGAUGAAGAGGGUGCAAACAAAGCUUCUGUCGUGUGAAACAAGCUUUUUGGAUCAGCAGACUUUCAGUCAUGUAGCUCUUUAACUGCGGAUACUGAAAGUUCAGUUAGUGUGCAGGUUUCAGAAUGUGAAGAUGCCGAGACAGUGCAUCUAAAGAAACAUUUGGUGCCGCAGAUAACUGAAGCUUCAGAUACCACUCUUCUGUUGAAAUGCUUCAGCCUGUGGAUGGAUUGAUUAAUGCAAGUAACCAGGAGAGAAGGUGCGUUAGCUGGGGCUAUCCAUGUCGGGUCGCUCAUGAGGGGAAGAGGGAGGGAGGAGCAUCAAGGAAGCUUCGUCCUGCUCCCAUACCAAGGAAGCCACGCCCACACCAACACAUACAAAUAUUUUUCCUGCCAACCCAUUCAACCUGCUCGUCUCUCGCCCAGCGAGGACCGUGGUUGCCACUUGUCACGCCACCGUUUCCUAGCACCCUCAGCGACCAGGGAAGCAGCCGGGUGGAGACAGGGGCAUUCUCCUUUUUAUCCGCAGCUUCCGCCUCCUGCACUAUAGGUGCUGCUGUCGACGCUGCUCCUUCUCUUCCCCUCGGGAGGAACCACCUCCACCGCCGUCGUGCGGGAGGCCAGAACCUCCGGCACCAUCACGGUAGCCGUCCGGACGCGGCAGCAGGGCAUGCCAGGCCACCCCUGGCCCGGCCAGGCCCGAAAUGGGCCCGCUAAGCCCCGCCGCCACGCUGCAGCAAGCCGGCGAUGGCGCCGCCAGCACCCUGCCGCUCGUCGCCUCGCCCUCGCCUCCUGGAGGACGCGCCGCAGCCGCACCCCACCACCAGCCCGCCUCGUCCCGCGCCAGAGGAGAGCCGAGAGGAG